CCGGGCUGAACCGGGACACAAUGGAGGGAAGGAAAAAUGAAUAAAACAUUUAAUGAAAGUCCUCAAUCCCACUCAUCCGAUACGUGAGGAGUUCCGUGAGGUGAACCCGUUUUAUCUAAGAAAUUAAUUGCGCUGACGGAGUUUUUAGGAUGUCCGGAGAGGUCGCCCCUCCUUCCUGGCCUGAAUGGAACAUCCUGAAAAUGGUUUGAGCUUUUCUGACUGAAGGAGUUUGAACUGACAACAUUGCGGGGGGUGAGCUCACUUCUUCCCCGCUGUAGUGCCCGUGGGAAGACCGUGGAGCCCAGCUGACACGGUACAACACUCUUUCUCAUGCCUUUCUAAGGGUUUUCCAACUUAGUUUUGACACCCGGAGGAAAUGUUUGUUUUGGUGAGACGCUGAAACGCGCCUGAAGUUUCUUUGUUAUUUUUUAUAUGGGAAUGCUUCCCCAGUCUGCUGUUAAAGAGCCGACGGACACUCUACUCUGUUGAGACACAUCUGAAGACAUGUUGUAUUGGACUCUUUCUGACUGGAGAGUUCCGCUCCUGAUUGUUCUGCUGUGGGAUGGCCUCUGCGCUUUGGGAGUGAAGCCCACGAGAUGGCCCCUGUUCUCCCAAAAGCCCCUACUCCUCGCUUGGAAUGUCCCAACUCAGGAAUGUGGCCCCUGGCACGAUGUUUCUUUCCAGCUGGACCAGUUCCAGAUCGUGGCCACACCAAAUGAGGGCUUUGUCAGGCAGAACUUGACCAUAUUCUACAAGGACCGUUUGGGCUUGUACCCCUACUUUGAGCCAGGUGAAACGCCAGUGCGUGGGGGGCUGCCACAGAUUGCCAGUCUCUCGGAGCACCUCAGCGAAAUGCAGAAAGGUGUUGAUAAGUACAUACCAAACCGAGAGGCUGUAGGUUUAGCAGUCAUUGAUUGGGAAGAGUGGCGGCCCCUCUGGAUACGAAACUGGGGAGCCAAAGACAUCUAUCGCAGGCAUUCCCGUGAACUGGUGCGCCAGAAGAAUCCAACUUGGUCUGAGGAACAGGUGGGAAAAGUGGCCCAGCUGGAAUUUGAGAUGUCAGCCAGGAAGUUCAUGCUGGAGACACUCAAGCACGCCAAACACCUGAGGCCCAACAAGUUGUGGGGGUUUUACCUGUUCCCAGACUGCUAUAACCACAACUACCUGCGCUUUCUGGAGAGCUACACGGGCCGCUGCCCCGAUGUGGAGGUGGCCCGGAACGAGCAACUGAGGUGGCUGUGGACUGAGAGCACGGCCCUCUUCCCCUCCAUAUACAUGGGCACAGUGCUGCGUUCCUCUUCUUCAGGACGCCAGUUUGUACGGAACCGUGUGAAGGAAGGGAUGCGUUUAGCUUCAUCCGGCGGUGGGGUGGCACGUCCUGUCUUUGUGUACACCCGACCCACCUACGCCAACUCUCUGGAACAGCUGACAGAGUUUGACCUCGUGUCUACCAUCGGGGAGAGUGUUGCUCUGGGAGCCGCAGGAAUUAUCCUGUGGGGAGAUGCAACAUAUGCAACCAACAAAACCACCUGCUCUGACAUGAACACAUAUCUUCAGGGCACACUGGGUCGAUACCUCCUCAACGUCUCCAUGGCAGCAGAGCUAUGCAGCCAGACCCUGUGUGGUUCCCACGGCCGUUGUUUGCGCAAACAUCCAGACAGUGAUGUUUACCUUCACCUCAGUCCCCUCACACACAACCUCAAGAGGCAAAACGGCAAACUGACGGUCACCGGUGAGCUGGGAGAUGCAGAAGGGAUGCUUUUCAAGACAGACUUUCAAUGCCAGUGCUACAGCGGCUUUCAGGGGGAGGGCUGUGACCACAAAGACCCUCUGCACCAAAGAGGGGCAGCAGCUCCAACCAGAACAUCAGCACUGCAGUGUGUGAUCUUGCUGAUAACCUUCGUGCUGCUGUGUUAAUACCCAACAGUUAUCUGCAAAUACACUGCCUUACAGAAGUAUUUAUUUACAUUUAUUUAAAAAAGAUUUUGUCCCAAAAACCUGUUUUUCUAUGUGAUAGACCAACACAAAUUAGUACAUAAUGGAAAAGAUCUGAAUAGGGCCACCGAUUCUCAAUUAGAUUCAGGUCUAGAAAAUUCUAACACAUGAAUGUACAUUGAUCUAAACCAUUGCGUUAUAGCUCUGGCUGUCUUUUUGGGGUGGUGGUUCUGCUGAACAGAACCAUCCCUACAGCAUGAUGCUGCAGUACCAUGUUAUACCAUGGGAAUGAUGAUUUUCAGAGUGGUGUCAAUUUUGUUCUCAUCUGAUCGAAGCACCUUCCUCCACAGGUUUGCUGUGUCUCUUGUAAGGCUUAAAGAAAACUACAAACAAGACUUCUUGGUUUUUUUUUUCUUGCCACUCUGCUAUAAAUGCCAGAUUUGUGAUGUGCAGGACUUAUAGUUGUCUUAUCUAUAUAUUCUCCCAUCUGACUUGUGAAUCUCUACAAAUCCUUCAGAGAUUUGCUGUUGUGCUGAACUUUCUAUUGCAAAAUAAUUUGAACAGUGUUCUGUGAGAUAUUCUUGGGAUAUUGUUCAAUGACCUAACUCACUUAACUGUCCGCGAUGUUCCUUGGUCUUCGUGAUAUUUGAUCACUAAUAUUCUCAAACAAACCUCUGAGGCCUUCACAGAGUAGCUGUAUGCAAAGAUUAAGUUACACAAAGGUGGACUUCUUAAGGCAAUUGGUUGUUUACAGAGGAAAGGUGCAGAGCACAAAUGUAUGCCGCAUUUUUCCAAUUUAUUAUUUUUUUCUUGUGAAAAGUUUUGAAAAACGACGUAACACUUUAUGUUGGUCAGUCACAUAAAAUUCUAAUAAUAUACUUUAAAGUUUGGGUUAUAAUGUGACAAAAUGUGAAAAGGUUGAGAUAUCAAGGCUUUUGCAACGCACUGCACGCAAGCACAACGAGGGAUUACUUAGUAAUUUUCUGCUGCAAAACCUUCCUGAGAGAAAGUAAAAGUUUUUUUAUAAAUGGGGGGGGGGGAGUGAAAACUGAUGUUUGUAGUUUUUUAAACAGCAGAGGGCUUGCUGGAAAUGACACUGUUUACAUUUUGCUCUCAGUUUCCCCCUCUGCCACUGUUUCCCAGGGUGUCAGAUUCAAUGUUUCUCUCAGAGAUCUGACGCUUCUUUUGUAAAUGUGUUGCAUGAAGUGAAGGAAGGAAGUUGAUGCUGGGUGGUCAGAGUGGAAAUAAAGCACUUAAAUCAGCUUAGAGCACAACAUACCCAAAGGGGCCCGAAUUUGUUUCCAACAUGACCACUCUCUGGUGUCUGAUGUUUUUUACGCAGGCGAUUGCAGUAUUACUAUUUAUUUGAAUGUAUGUUAAGAUGAUUUCUAGGUUUUUAUUUGUACGUCUAAAUUGUGACUACUAAUGCCUUUAUAAAACAGUGUGUGUUUUUACCUCAAAAGCACAAUGCAGGAAUUUCAUUUGUGGAUUGGUUGGGAAAUAAAUUUGCAUACACGUGUGAGAAUACAUGCUGUUUUCUUCUGAUUUGUCUCUGUAAAUAAAACAUUUUUUGUGA